AUGGAUAAACUCAUGUCUAAGCUUGGCGGUGGUAGCCAGUCCAAGGACAAGGAAGGUGAAGGUGGCAGCUCGAACGACAAAGACUACGUCGAUAAGGGCCUCGACUCAAUUGAAAAGAAGUUCGGCGGUGGUCGAAUCAAUCCUGACGACCCGAAGGUGCGAGAGACGAAUGAGAAAUUUACGGAUGCUGCGAGAAACAAGCUUGAGAGUCUGACUGGGCAAAAGGUCCCCUCUAAAUUCUCCAACUAG